GGUAGACCGAACCACGGCGCCAUAUUGAGAGAGAACGGAAGUGAGUGAUUUUUGAUGUGGAAAAAGUGUUUAUGAAGUUCCUAGAAAACAUUGGCAAGAGUGAUGAAACCCGUUUAAACGCACAGUUAGAGUUGAACUGGAACCAUUUUACUAUUUUGGUUUUCUCGUUUAAGAGAACCCCCCCCCCCCUCAAGAAAUACUUUUCCGAAUCCCACCCUUGACAGUGUUAAGUCACUGAAAGCGCGCGGCAGCGACUGAACUCUUGUCGAAGAUGCCCUUGGCACAGUUUGGAGCAGACCCAUGGCAGAAAAUGGCCUUGGAGAAUUCGGAAAACGAGGUCAUGGAUGACUCAAUGGGGGAGGAUGAAACUGUAUGUAGUGAUGAGGGCUCCGUGAAUGAGAUCAGUAUCACAAACCAUGUUAAAGAGGGCUCUGAAAGGGCUGAUCCUAGGCAGUUUGAGCUCCGCAAGGUACUGGGACAGGGAUCCUUUGGGAAGGUGUUCCUUGUGAAGAAAAUAACAGGGCCUGAUGCUGGACAGCUGUAUGCUAUGAAGGUGCUGAAAAAGGCCACUUUGAAAGUGCGAGAUAGGGUCCGUACCAAGAUGGAGCGAGACAUUCUGGUAGAGGUGAACCAUCCUUUCAUAGUCAGACUACACUACGCAUUCCAGACAGAAGGGAAGCUGUACCUGAUUCUGGACUUCCUCCGAGGUGGAGAUCUAUUCACACGGCUGUCUAAAGAGUCUGUCUACCAGGUGAUGUUCACAGAGGAAGAUGUGAAGUUCUACCUGGCAGAGCUGGCUCUGGCCCUGGACCAUCUGCAUGGCCUGGGAAUCAUCUACAGAGACCUUAAACCUGAGAACAUUCUGUUAGAUGAGGAGGGCCAUAUCAAACUCACUGACUUCGGCCUUAGUAAAGAGUCCAUUGAUCAUGAGAACAAGGCCUACUCUUUCUGUGGAACAGUGGAGUACAUGGCACCAGAGGUUGUGAACCGCCGAGGACACACCCUUAGCGCUGACUGGUGGUCCUAUGGCGUGCUCAUGUUUGAGAUGCUGACUGGGACACUGCCUUUCCAAGGGAAGGACCGGAAGGAAACCAUGACCAUGAUACUGAAGGCCAAGUUGGGAAUGCCACAGUUCCUGAGCCAAGACGCCCAAUCUCUCCUACGUAACCUUUUCAAACGCAACCCAGGCAACAGACUAGGUGCUGGUCCAGACGGAGUGGAAGAGAUCAAGAGACAUUCCUUAUUUUCCACAAUUGACUGGAACAAAUUAUUCAGGAGAGAACUCCAUCCCCCCUUCAAACCUGCGAGUGGCAGACCUGAUGACACCAUCUACUUUGACUCUGAAUUCACUGCAAAAACUCCACGGGACUCUCCCGGCUGUCCCCCGAGUGCCAACACCAACCAGCUGUUUAGAGGCUUCAGCUUCGUGGCUAUCUCAGAUGAGGAGAGUCAACCUCCACAGAACAUUAACAUCAACAUGUCCUCUAUACAGCAACUCCACAGAAACACAGCACAGUUUAGUGAUGCCUACGAUGUGAAGGAGGACAUUGGUGUGGGCUCUUACUCCAUAUGCAAACGCUGUGUUCAGAAGAGCAACAGUAUGGAUUAUGCUGUAAAGAUCAUCAGUAAGGCCAAGAGGGACACAACAGAAGAGGUGGAGAUUCUUCUGCGCUAUGGACAGCACCCCAACAUCAUCACUCUCAAAGAUGUGUUUGACGAUGGGCGCUCAGUGUACCUGGUGACAGAGCUCAUGAAAGGAGGAGAGCUGCUGGAUAAGAUCCUCAGACAGAAGUUCUUCUCUGAGAGGGAGGCCAGUGCAGUUCUCCACACCAUCACCAAAACUGUGGAGUACCUGCAUGCACAGGGGGUUGUCCAUAGAGAUCUGAAGCCCAGUAACAUACUGUACGUGGAUGAGUCUGGAAACCCAGAGUCCAUCCGAAUCUGUGACUUUGGCUUCGCCAAACAGCUGAGAGCUGAAAAUGGACUCCUGAUGACUCCCUGCUACACGGCCAACUUUGUCGCCCCCGAGGUCCUGAAGAAACAGGGCUAUGAUGCAGCCUGUGAUAUCUGGAGUCUAGGAGUGCUGCUCUAUACAAUGCUUACUGGGUUCACUCCUUUUGCCAAUGGACCAGAGGAUACUCCCGAAGAGAUCUUGGCUCGGAUCGGCAGUGGAAAGUUCUCUCUGACGGGUGGCUACUGGAAUUCAGUCUCCGCAGAGGCCAAGGACCUAGUGUCCAAGAUGCUGCAUGUGGACCCCCACCAGAGGCUAACUGCUGCUCAGGUACUGCGACACCCUUGGAUAUUACACAAGGACCAGUUGCCCAAGUACCAGCUCAAUAGACAGGAUGCUCCUCAUUUGGUCAAGGGUGCGAUGGCAGCCACUUAUUCUGCUCUGAACAUGCAUGUUCCCCCUGUGCUGGACCCUGUAGGGCGCUCCUCGUUAGCUCAAAGAAGAGGAGUGAAGAAGUUGACCUCCACAGCCCUGUGAUCCACUAGUAUCAAUCUCACCUGUUUAAUGCUACUGCACCAGUGCAUUAGUGUGUUUCGACUCCCGCUGUGUUAGAAGAACAGUGUGUAAGACCAAAAAGAAACGGUAACCCAUUCACUGAGAAAAUGCAUCAUGUAUUUGCUUGUACAAUCAUCACUGCCUUCAGACCAAGAGUUACAAACUCUUGGAAAGGCUGAACUGUAUAUUUUAUGAAAAUGAGAUAUUUACUACAAAAAUAGAAUUAAAUGUAUACGGGUUCCUACAGGUCUGUGUUUAAACAGAGAUUGUGUUAAGCACUGGGGGAUGAAGGGGUUUGGAAAGGGUUAAAAUGAUGUUUCCCCCAGUUGCAUGGAGCAGUCAGUCCCCCUUAUUCCAAAUCAACCGCUAAGCCCCUACCCCCUACCUAUGCACUUGUAUAGAUCUGAAAAUAUUAGAUACGUGUAAACAGUCAUAUUUUUAGUUAGGCCAAUUUUUUAGAAUGUUAUAUUGUUCUAAUUCCAGACAUUUGGUUACAUAGCAUUGUUUAAAUAUUCCCCAUGUCAUGUUAAAUGGGGAGCUAACCAUAGAAAUAGAAUGAAUGGAACUGACUUGGUGCUCUAACCCUGGCAAUUUGACUGGUUAACGAACUCACCGUAUAGCCCCACAGUGAAGGUGUCAUAACACUCCUAAAACCUAGCAGUUAAACAGGGAAAUGGUUCCAAUUGUUUUUCCACCAUUCAUUUUUCCCAUAUGAUACUUAAUAAGGGCUAUUUUUGGUGUAGGUUUACCCUGGCGUGUCAUUUUGAUGACCAUGUAAAUCUCUGACAAGUUGACUAACCGAUAUAUUUGUCUCCAUUUACUCUGCUUCAAAAAUGCUAAUUAGUGUCCAAGUAGACAUCACGCAAGAUUACAAAUACCUGCAAGCUCAUGCACGUGCUGACACCUUUGCUAACAGUUAUUGUGUCAAGACAGUUCACAUAAUUGUCAAUUUAAAUACAUAAUUGUCAUUUUGGGAGGGGGGGGGGGGGGGUAAAUACAGGCAAAUAUAUUUAUAAGUCACCUUGUCCUAGAGAGAUUUACACCGUUAUCAAAAGCCCUUAUUUUAAGUGUUUCUAAAAUCCCCUAUGGGAAAAAUGAAUGGAGCCAUUUCCUUGUUUGACCCCUAGGUUUUAUUUGGAAUAUUCUAUCAAUAGAUUCUGGAUUGCCAUGGUAAUGUAGAAUGUUAAUUCAAAUUAUGCUAGCUCAGGGGUGUCAAACCUUUUGCAUGGAGGGACUUGUCUGUUGGUUUUUCGUUUCAAUCAAUCCCUAGACAACCAAGUGUGGGGGGGAGUUCCUUACUAAUUUGUGAUCUUAAUUCAUCAAUCAGGUACAAGGGAGGAGCAAAAACACGCAGACACUCAGCCCUCCGUGGAAUGAUUUUGACACUCGUGUGCUAGCUGAUGUGGCUCAUGAAUGUAUUUUUUGUGAUGUCAGUUGAGUUGACUUAACAGAUUGAAGUUUAUACUUCUUGCUUUUACUUCCUGCCAUUGGUCUAGGGAAAAAAUAUACAGGUUAAGACAACGUCGUCACAAAUCUGGGAUCAUUGGUGUUCGUUAACUACCAGCGCCAUUGCUAACCAGCACAGCUUGUCCUAUUCUUGCAAAGAGUUAUGGGCUAUUAGAAUCUUGUUUUCUUAACCUUUGUCAUAUUCAACCUAGUCAUAGGUACACUCAAUGGAUGCCAGUCCAGCCAUUAUGCUACCGUUGACUUUAAUGGGGAUGCCUGUUCUAUUCAUUCUAUUUCUAUGGAACUAUUAUGGCUGCCAUGGAAUGUUUUAGUGUCAUGUUUUUGCAUCAUUGCCCAAUUCAGACAUUCAGUUUUAUACAAUUUUCUAUUUUAUUUUUAUAUUCCCCAUGUAGCUAUUGUUAAUAGUGAGCUAACAUGGCUGCCAUAGAAUGUUGAAGUGUCAAUAUAAAAUGCAUCAUGAUGCGGAAACCGCAUUGACUCAACUUUCUAAAUACAAGGCUCUGGGAAUAAGCAACAUGGAAUUAUUACUAUAUUGCUUAUUUAUUGGGCAAUUAGGGUUUGGACACUGACAAACUCCUUAAUAGUGCAACAGUUUACCAAGGCCCUGUCAGCAAUGGGGGAGAAAAAGUGCUAACCUCCUUCCUCACUCCAGUAUCUGCUGCUGCACUUUCUCUCAGACCUUUGUGUUGGGGCAGGGCCCAGAGGGGUUGGAGUUUUCUUGCUUUACUUAGUCUUUAAUUUUUUUUGUCCUUCUCAUAAUCAUAAAGGGAAACGUGAACUUGGGAUAUACUUAUAGCAAUUAAUAUUACUUUUCCAGUCUACUUUUAAGAGACCAUUAAGAAUGUAUUUUUGUAUAUGUUGAUGAAUGAAACAUUUUCUACUUGGUGUGCAUGAUGGUCACAGGACAGCUUUAGUUUGGGGGGCGGGGGGUUUAAGGGAAGGGCUUUCCAAGAAGAUGCUGGGGAAAUGUAACAUGCUAGAUGGAGGGGUGAAUAGAUAGCGUCUUUCCCCUCUGGUUUCCAUGUUUUACAGAGAAAUGUUUCUCAGUAGAUGUGGGCCAGGCAAGUGACUGCAGCUUCAUUUGUAACCUAAAAAAUGAUCAUGAAUACAUCAAAUAAAUAUACAAUCAAAUAAUG